CACACACACACAACAAAUAACCUUGUGUCUUUUUUUUUUUUCUUUCUUACUUCCACAUUUUUGCUGCCCUUUUUCUUUGACGUCCGUCUUUAGAACGCGCAUUCCCCGGUGAUUAUUCUCGUCCGUUUCUCUCAUUGGCUAUACGUUCUUUUAAUAUGACGGAAGACAUUCUGGCCACACGUCACACACGGCAACAAAGUGACGGGAAAUCGUUAAACAUGCAGCUCAUCAACAUUCUUUUUUAGCUCUUCGUAUGCACCACCUCGAGUUGCGAAAUUCAUAAUCUACGCAUAUUCCGAUUUGUGUUGUCAAUGUUUUGUUUGUUUUUUUUUUGGUUUUUUGGUUUUGUUGUUUCUCCGCUUGCCAGUUGCUAAUUUAUGUUUGGUAUUCCACAACGUUCCUUUACCUCCUUGUGUUUUCUAGAUGGCUUUGAUGGCUGCCAACUAGUCGACUGCGUUCUCGCUGCGGAUCUCGUUGAUUUAUGUUGUCGGGAAAACGCCGUGGCAGUCGACUGUUUUUCUCUUUGAGAUUUUGAUAUUUUUUAACGCAUCAGCAUGACUGCACCUUCUCUGUAUUUCUUAACAAGAUGCUAAAGGAAGGGGAGGAAAACAAAAAUCUCAAAAGUUUGCGCAAUUUCUACCAUUUUUUCCGCUUGACGUCUCUCGGAAUGUUGGCCGCUAUUGAUAUAGCGGACGAUUCAGAGAACUGAUGUCCAACUACCAAGUUAUUUUUUUUCAUUUAUUAAUAGAUCGAUAAGGGCGUAUUUGUGAUGUGCGACAUUGUCACAACGUUGAGCGAACGCAAAACUUUGUGGCCAGAACAAAAGAUGAAAGAGAGAGCUAUCUCUUAUCAAUCGCUUCGAAGCUCAUCGAUGUGUAGGUCUUUCGAGCAGCAGCCGUGCCAGUUGACGUUACAUAAGAUGUCCCUUAAAAGAGAAAUUAUUAUGCACCUUUACGUGCUGCUUUUGAUCCCAUUGAUGUGCGCGGCUUGCGCGGCAGUCAGUACGGACACAGCCGGCAUUUAUAAUCCGGUGCUUCCACACAGGAGAAUGCCGCAACACACCACAUCCUGGACGUAUCCGUACUAUUUUGAUUAUCCGUAUCCCACGGUUGGCCAACAAACGAACCGACGUUUAUCGAAAGCUGCGCCAGCGGCUCCACAGAAACCCAACACUUAUUAUUAUUACCCGUAUCGUUAUCCUUAUCCGUAUCACUAUCUGUAUCAGAACCCAAGUCCGGUUUCGCCGGACUUUCAUGCAGUCAAUCAAGUGGAGUUUAUAGAACCUAUCGCAUCGUAUGAUUUUAGCGGCAACGCUUAUUCCAGACGGCCUUGGAAGACGGGCCGAUUGCAUCCUCAUCCUACCGUGACUAUCAUGGGGCCAGGAGGAGCUGGAGGUGGCGGAGGUGACUGAAAGUUUAGUGAAUAUGUUUGCCUGAUUUUUUUUAAGUGAAUUGAAAUCCCCAUUUGUGUACUAGACUAUAUAAUGAAUCGUUGCUUUG